GUGAGACAGUCAUUUCGUCGUGGUCGCAUCAUCCUUACAUUUCUCUCCUAAUUUAUCAUAAAGAAAGACAUGUAUAACACCACCACAUAGAUAAUUUUCGUCAUUCUUCACGACUCAAAACUCGAGAUUUAUUAUGAAAAUUUACCACCCAAUAGUAAUAACCUAAGCGGUAUUGUCUGUGUCUAAUGUGUGUAUGUGCAGUUUACUUACUUGCAUCACUAAUUUGGAUGCAUUAAGAUUCUGAGAAUCUGCAUAAGUUGAAACGUGCCCACUACACACACUCACCUGUGUCACAAUCGACUUUUCAAGAAGUUAAAAUUCAAAUUAAGUUAUCCUCAAAACUCGUGAACUACUCGCUUACCUUACCAAUUAUUCAACAGCCGUAAAUAGACGGACACGAAAAAUAUGUACAACAACACAAGUCAAAAUGUCAAUGUAGUACAACGCACAGAGCUGCAUUAUCCCACAGUACAAUGAAGUAAAUACAUUAAAACCUCCAGAAAUUCGUGUCAAGAGUGAUUUGAUCACGAACCAAGAAGAAGACGAAGAAGAAGAAAGACAACAAAUAGGAUUUUAUCUCGAAGGGAUUAUAUUGUUCAGUUAGUGCCAAUUCAAGUUUUUUAAAAUGCCGUCAAGACCUUUGCCACCAGUGGUAACUUCGGAUUCGGACGGAUUUUCCUAUAUUCAGUCUGGCGCAAGCAGUCCGAACCAUUACCACGACAUCGAAAGUUUGACCCUAACUCUCGGCAAGAGUCGACCAGGACGUAAAACAUCCAAAGAAAAACGACAAUCGUCAAUCUGGACGGAACAUUUAGAGGUUGAGAAGGAAAGGACCACCACUGCCAACACCGGUACAAACGCCAAAAAAUCGUCAAAACCAUCAAAAGCUUCAACGCUAAAUCCAAAAUCUAACAACAAAAAAGGAGAAAAAUCGGCACGUGCAUCAAACACGUCUCAUCAAACUCCUGCUCCUGCAACAUUCCUAGAAAACCCGUUACUCUUACAAACUUCCAAGAACUGGACCCUCCCACGCGUCGAGUUGUGGUGCCGAGAUCCUGAAUGUAUGUACAAUCAGCGUUUAUGGGGAAACCAUUACACGUAUCAACAUCCCCACCUUAACGGAAAUAGUCAUUAUCCUGGAGGUGCGAUUCCCGAAGUAGAUGAAGUAGACACGGAUGAAGUGUAUCACACGGAUCACACGAGACCAUCCACAGGUUAUUAUACCAGAAGCAGUAAUAACAGCAGUAGUGGUUCAAGUAGUCAGAAUCACCACGAAGCAGACACCAUGGUUUUGAAUCAGUAUCAUCAUGAUGGCAAUAAGGGUGGUCCUCCUCGAGGAGGACAGAUGCAUCUCAACAUGAGUAUGGGUAUCAAUAAUUUCGUCCCCAAAGAAGGAAUCAACAUAAUCCAUACGAAUAAUACGAACUCAAAGGCUGACAAUACAUUUACAAAUAAUUCAAAGAAUAAUGGUUUGAGAGGGAAGGGGAAUUCCAACUUGACCAUGACCCACCACCCGAUGAUGGACACCUUGGGCUCGACUAUCUCCAGCAACAGUGGGACAGACUCUACGAUCCUUACGAUUCAUACGGAAAUGACGACAGGUAGUAGUCUGGGACUUAUUGGGGAAUCCGGUAAUAAGGCUGCUCGAUCACCGUCGGAAAGGUUUUCCGAAACUACGUAUCUAACUGGAUUUGACAGUUCUACCACCACCUCAACAACUUCUGGAUCUGGGGCAGGGUCUUCUGGACCUUGUAAACCUAAUGGCCAUGACAUUGUGAAUCCUAGGAUUAGUAACAAUGCGGAUAAUGGACAAGGCAUUUACAACAACAACCAGUUGACUACAAAUUCCACGGUAUACAAUCACCAGCAUUUAAGACCACCUUCUGAAACACCCCCACCGACAAAUCCGUACUGUCCAAAUUGUAGCGGAGUCGUUCCUUUAAGUCAUUUGGACAAUAAUGUCGAUCUGGGGGGUAGGAUGAAGGGGGAUCCUGGAUUUUGGAACUUUAACAAAUUUCAACAUCCUCUACAACGCGACCACUCGUUCCACUCUGUUGGAGGAUUCACCUUGAAUGGUCAAUAUAACACGACGGUUAAGAAAAACACGAUGGUAAAAUUUUGUUCAAGUCACAAGAUCUCCUUGGUCGUGUCAACUUUCUCCUUGAUGGUUACGAUUGGACUGUUAAUUACUCUGUUUUUGAUGAAGAAACGAGGAAUGAUGGACACCAUGAUGGACAGUUAGAAGAGAAGAACUGUUGUAUGAAAUCAAAUCACUUGGGUUUACAGCCAUUCAACAAAAACCAUGUAAUGAUUGGAUGACGGACGGAGUAUAUCACGCAAAUUGCAAAGGCAAAAAGGCCAUGUACUAGCUCUUAUUAUUAUUAUUGUAUAUCUAUCCACGUCCUAUUUAUCACCGUUUUAAGAUAACUUUAGGAAUUGUAUUUAUAUUUUAAUUAAUGACUGAAUGUCUCGCCAACAACGUGUACUUCUUUAAUAGUGCGAGACACACGUUUGUCAUCAAUAAACGAAAUCGCACACUGAAAUCUC